AUGAAGUCGAAUGACUUGCUAUAGCAAUUUAAUGAUUUCAGAAGAAAGCUCAAAGCACAAAUUUAAUCAAAUGAAAUUACAAAAAGUCCAAUAAAAAAUUAAGUGAAAACUUAAAGUUCACCUUAAAAGCCUAAUUCUGGAAUUAAAGCAAAGAUUAAUCUAACCUAGCAUUAAAAUAAAAUAUAAAAUAGAUGUAACACUAUUUAGGCAGUGCCAAAUAAAAAUCAACUUUAAUCCAUCAAUAAAAAUUUCCAAUUACAAUGUAUCACUCACGAAAAAUUGUCAUCCAAAUAGGAGAACGCAUAAUCCUUUAAAUAUUCUAAUGCCUAAGGUAAAAAAGAAGGCAUUGCCAUUAAUCUCUUAAAUCAAGAAUAAUUACAUCAAUUUUAUGCUACUUUUGAAUAAAUAACAGAUGAUGAAGUUAAAUAAUUACCAAAUGAAUACAAAUAACUUCUAUAAUAGUUGGCAUAAUUUGUAAAUAAAAAGCUAUCUUAAUGA